CAGAUAUGAGCCCAGCAAGUAGCACCACCUCUCUUCCUGUUAGUCCUCUUACUGAAGAGCCAUUGCCUUUCAAGGAUAUAAUGAAAGACGAAUGCUCAAUGCUGAAGCUGCAACUGAAAGAGAGGGAUGAACUCAUUUCCCAACUUCAGGAAGAGCUGGAGAAAGUCCAGCAUUUACAGAAGGCUUUUGCUUCAAGAGUAGAUAAAUCCACACAGACGGAACUUCUAGGCUAUGAUGCCCUGUGGAAUCCUACAUGCACUGAAGGUUUAUUUAAACCAGUACAUAUUUCAACCUAGGUUAGAUCAUUAUUUGACCAUAAGAUAUGUAUCACGAAUCUGUGAAAUGUUAAAUAUUGAAUAAAAUGAAUUUUCCAU